GUAACAGUCCUCCUCCCGAGCCACGGUGGUUGCUUUUGAGGCCUUGUGCCUGCCAGCGAGUUACCACCAUGCCUGCUACCAACGACGGUUGGCCGGAGGAUUUCGGCUUCAGGAUCAGUGGGAACGGCCCUUGCUACAUCCUGGCUGUGGAAGAGGGCAGCAGCGCCCAGGUGGCAGGCCUCCAGCCAGGGGACCAGAUCCUGGAGAUCGAAGGCCAGCACGUGUCCGCCAUGACCUGCGAGGCCCUCGUCGCCUUGGCCAGGCAGUGUGAGAACGUGCCCCCCAGCAUCGGCGUGGUCUCAAGGAUCCAGCAGCUGGACCUCAAGCCCGGGCCGGAGGGGCGCUUUGGCUUCACCUUGGCCCAUGGUGGCGGCUGCCCCCUGCAGGUGGAGAGCGUGGCCCCCGCCUCGCCAGCCUCUCAAUGCGGGAUCAAAGCAGGGGACUACAUGCUGGAGGUCAACGGGAUCCCUGUGAAGCAGUACGAGGAGGCAGCUGCCGUGAUCCAGUCCUGCCAGGGACGAAGCCUGCAGCUGGGACUCCUGAGGGUGGGGCGGCUCCAGAGGUGGGCCAGCAGCAGCGUGAGAGAGUUCGUGCAGAGUGCAGAUGCCAUCCAUCAGGAGCGGAGGCAGAAGGCCCAGGAGUUCAGCAAGAAGGUGCAGGAGAUCCUGGGGGACCAGCCGGAAGUGAAAGAGAAGAUGUUCACCAUCCUGAAGCAGUAUGCAGCUGAGAGGAAGGUGGACUACUUGGCUUACGCCCUUGCAAUGGUUCUUACCAAAGAGUCGCAGCACCUCCUCCUGGAUAACAUCAGGAUCUUCAUCCCCAGGAAACACAGGCAGCGCUUUGACGAGGUGGUGUCCCAGAGCCUGAUCAGCAAGCUGUGCCGUUCCAAGAGCGAGCAGCACGUGAACCGGCUCAGGCGGAGCCGCAGCGAGGACCACCACGAACGCCUGCUGGUCUCCACCCGGGCCAGCUCGGUGCCACGGACUCACGAGGAGAACUGCAAGGGCUUGAGGAAGACCACCUCCUUGAUUGCCAGCAAUGUCGGAUCAGGGGCAGCACGCAGAACUGUCCGAGUCUACAAAGGAAGCAGGAGCUUUGGAUUCACCUUACGUGGACAUGCCCCUGUGUGGAUCGAGUCCGUCUUGCCUGGGAGUCCAGCGGACAAGGCUUUGCUGAAAGCUGGAGACCGAAUCCUGUUCCUCAACGGCCUGGAUAUGAGGAACUGUUCCCACGAGAAGGUGGUCUCUAUGCUUCAGGGCAGUGGGGCAAUGCCCACCCUUGUGGUCGAAGAAGGCAUCGUCAGCUUUUCAGACUGCGAGUCAUCCGAGACCCUCAGCUCCUCCUCGGCACUCACGUCCCUGCAAUGGGUCGCGGAGAUCCUGCCUUCCAGCAUCAAGAUCCAGGGCAGGACCUUCCACCAGCAGCUGGAGCAUCUGCUCACGCCGCCCGAGCGCUACACCGUCUGCAAGGCCCUGGAGAGCUUCUUCCAGCACAGGAACAUAGACACGCUCAUCGUGGACGUCUACCCUGUCCUGGACACACCUUCCAAGCAAGUCAUCUGGCAGUUCAUCUACCAGCUGCUGACAUACGAGGAGCAGGAACACUGCCAGCAAAAGAUCGCCAGGUUCCUCGGCUACAAGUCCGGGCCAGCCGCAGCUGAGCCAGAGUCCGAGGAACGGCACCAGAGCUCUGUUCGGGCACCCCCCACGCGCCGGACAAGCGUCCGCACCCACAGUUCUGAGGACGGUGCAGCUGGAGCACGUGAAGCCAUUGAGGUGCCUGUCCGUCUAGGCUCUGGGGAGAGGCAAGCAGGGGAUGGAACCUCCCUUCCAGAAACACCCAAUCCCAAAAUGAUGUCGGCCGUCUAUGCAGAAUUGGAAACCCGGCUGACCACAGGCUUCGGAGGGAAGCUGGGCAACUUGACUUCGUGUAGGACCUCACCCCCAGUCCUGGAACAAGCAAACUUAGCAGGUGCUCAGAAGACAGGCCUGCCCAUCUCCUGGCAGAACGCUGCCCCAUCUGCCCAGCCUUGCUACUACCACUCCCACGGCGGCCUCCCUUCGCCCAGCAGCACAGAGUCCAACCCCUACGUCAGCCUGGACAGCAGCCCGGCUCCCUCCCCCAAGCACAGCGACCCCACGCUCAGCCCCCUCUCUCGGCGGAAGAAGCUCUUCACCUUUUCACGGCCGCCACGCAGCAGGGACACGGACCGCUUCCUGGACGCUCUGAGCGAGCAGCUGGGGCACCGGAUCACUAUCGUGGACGACUUCCUCACUCCGGAGAAUGACUAUGAAGAGAUGAGCUUCCACGAUGAGCAGGGCAGCUACACCGCCAACGACCUCAGCAGCGCCAGCGAGUACCAGAGCAGCAGCGACGGCAGCUCCUUGACCUACUCCACCUUGUCCGACCAGAUCCCGCCCCCUCCCAUCAGCCCACCGCCGCCCCCUCCUCCCGUGCCGUUCCAGGAGACCCCCGAGGCACACAGAAGCACAGAGCCACUGAGGAAAGCCCCCUCGGCCUCCCAUCCCAGCCCCCCUGCUUGCCACCCACAGCCAGCCCCCCCACCUCCCCUGCCACCCCCUCCCCUGCCGGUCUCAUGCGUGCCCCCCCAAGGGCCCCGGGGCAGGAGCGAGUCCCACCACAUGAGCGUCAAGCGGCUGCGCUGGGAGCAAGUGGAGAACUCCGAGGGCACCAUCUGGGGGCAGCUUGGAGAGGACUCGGACUAUGACAAGCUGAGCGACAUGGUCAAAUAUCUUGACCUGGAGCUGCAUUUCGGAACCCAGAAGCCAGCAAUUUCUCUUCCAGAGCCGAGCCCCUUGCCAGAGUCCUUUAAAAAGAAAGACGUGGUAGAGAUCCUCUCGCACAAAAAAGCCUACAACAUGUCCAUCUUGAUAGCCCACCUGAAGCUUUCGCACAUUGAACUCCGCCAAAUCCUCCUGACCAUGGAGAGUGACCGCUUGGAGGCCUCCCACAUCAAGCAGCUGCUGCUGUAUGCACCUGACAGCAAGGAGGUGCAUCAGUAUCACAGCUAUGCAGGAGACCCCGCCAAGCUGAGCGACCCGGACCAGUUUGUGCUGCAGAUGCUUUUGGUACCGGAGUAUCAGACCCGGCUGCGCAGCCUGCACUUCAAGACCACCCUGCAGGAGAAGACGGAGGAGAUUCUGGCCAGCUACGAGUGCAUCUUCAAUGCCUCCUUGGAACUGAAGAACAGCAAGAAGCUGGCAAAGAUCUUGGAGUUUGUGCUGGCGAUGGGCAACUAUCUGAACCACGGGCAGUUGAAGACCAGCAAAACCACAGGCUUUAAAAUCAACUUCCUAACUGAGCUGAACACAACCAAGACUGUGGACGGGAAAUCCACCUUCCUACAUAUUCUUGCCAAAUCGCUUAGCCAACAUUUCCCAGAACUCCUGGGCUUUGCCAAGGACUUGCCCACAGUGCCACACGCUGCCAAAGUGAAUCAGAGAGCGUUAAUAGCCGACCUUGACGAUCUUCACGCCACCGUAGAGGAGAUUGAGAUGGCCUGCCAGAAUAUGCCGGUCUGCUCAGAGGACAAGUUUGGGGACGUGAUGGUUGCUUUCCUGGAAAGCGCCCGCCCUGUCAUACGGUCUUUGGCUGAUCUUCAGCACAAGGCCAUGGAGGAGUUCGGCAAAGUCUUGUCCUUCUUCGGGGAGGACUCCAAAGUCACGACCUCAGAGGCCUUCUUUGGCAUAUUUGCUGAGUUCAUGAGAAAGUUCGAGAGGGCAUUCAGCGACGUGCAGGCUGGCGAACCCCAGUGUAGCCCCAGGAUCACCCCGCCCCUCGCCUGGUGAUGGGGGGAUGAAGGCAGCAUUUGUUAUGGUGCUUUCCUGCCAAUGAAGUGCAAUUUGUCCUGGCUGCUCAGUUGUAAAUACACGCCGGGUGAGGGAGGAGCACCAUCGGCUGUGCAUAUUCUGGUGAUAUCGAAUUUUGCUUCUGCAAAUCCCCUGUGGAGCCGGAUGCGAGAGGAACAAGGGCUUGGUGGACUUACAUGCAAUGUGGCUCUCAAGAGUGUCCCACGAGGUGUCUUUCUCCAGAAAGAGUUUAUCUCCUCCACUCUCAGGACUGGCAUUUCUUGCAGCCUCAAGAGAUAGGACUCAGCGCACAGACACAGGACUCAAUACACAUUUUGAGAGGCUUCAUGAUCAUGCAUUUCCUUUCAGGGAGAUGCUGUUUGUGGGUGACGUUUGGUGUCGGUGGGUCAGCUUCUUUGUGAGUGUUGAGGGUGGGAAACAGAUCCCUUCUUUGCUUUGGUGUCUAAUCCCAAACUGAGGAGCUUCAGUAGCUCCUGGCAGCUUUUCAGCCAGCCCAACUGAUGUCUCUCAACUCUCCCCGAAAGCUCGCCUGGGCCUGGAGCUGCCGCUGCUGCUGCCACGACUACUUCCCUGCUGUUUUGCUGCCAAAAUAAACACAACCACACA